CUGCGCAUGCGCGCGCUCGGGACGCGCGAGGCCUGGGACGGGCGAUGUUGUGCCGGCUGCUGGCGGCUGCCGGGCCGCUAUCCUUGCUGUGGCGAGGCGGUGGCCCGGGAGGCGGCAGGACGGCCAGGACCAGCGUGAGAGCCCUGAGUACGGCCCGCCAGUGCCUCCAGAGGGUCCACUUUCAGAAGCUGACUCUGCAGGCCAGACUGACGUUAUUUUCCCGGUGGCUCUCUUCGAAACCACCCAAAGAAACUGGUGAGCUAAAGAAUGCUGGGCAUGGAGGAGAUGGAGGCAGGAGAGGAGGCGCGCGCAGUGGCUUUGCCUGGUGGAGGCGGAUGCAGAAGGGGGACUUCCCCUGGGAUGACAAGGAUUUCCGCGGUCUGGCCUUUUUGGCGGCAGGUGUGGCCAUGGGAUUUUUCUACCUCUAUUUUCGAGAUCCUGGAAGAGAAAUCACUUGGAAGCAUUUUGUACAGUGUUACCUGGCCAGAGGUCUGGUGAACCGGCUGGAAGUCGUGAACAAACAAUUUGUGCGUGUUAUUCCUGUCCCUGGGACCUCGUCUGAGGUGAGGAAGUACAUGUGGUUUAACGUCGGCAGUGUUGACACCUUUGAGCGGAACCUGGAGUCUGCCCAGUGGGCGCUGGGGAUCGAGCCCCACAACCAGGCGGCGGUGGUGUACACCACUGAGAGCGAUGGGUCUUUCUUGCGAAGCCUGCUGCCCACCCUUCUCCUGGUUGGAAUUCUCCUCUAUGCUGCCAGGAGGGGCCCGAUGGGAGCUGGGCCCAGUGGACGAGGACGGGGCCUCUUCAGUGUUGGUGAGACAACAGCCACGGUCUUAAAGAGCAACAUCGAUGUGCGGUUCGCAGACGUAGCUGGUUGCGAAGAAGCCAAACUGGACAUUAUGGAAUUUGUGAAUUUCCUGAAGAAUCCCAAGCAGUAUCAGGACUUAGGAGCAAAAAUUCCAAAGGGAGCCAUGCUCACUGGUCCUCCUGGUACAGGCAAGACACUUCUUGCCAAAGCAACUGCAGGGGAGGCCAGUGUGCCCUUCAUCACUGUGAAUGGGUCGGAGUUCCUGGCAAUGUUUGCCGGUGUUGGGCCAGCAAGGGUGCGUGAUAUGUUCGCAACGGCCCGAAGAAAUGCUCCAUGUAUCUUAUUCAUUGAUGAGAUUGAUGCGAUUGGCAGGAAGCGAGGCUGAGGGCACUUUGGAGGCCAGAGUGAGCUGGAGAACACCCUGAACCAGAUGCUGGUGGAGAUGGACGGGUUCAAUUCAGUCACCAACGUUGUGGUGCUGGCCGGCAUCAACCGCCCUGACAUCCUGGACCCGGCCCUGAUGCGGCCCGGCCGGUUUGACCGCCAGAUUUACAUUGGCCCACUUGACAUCAAAGGCAGGUCCUCCAUCUUUAAGGUUCACCUACGCCCACUGAAGCUGCACGAGAGCCUCAGGAAGGACGCCCUGGCGAGGAAGCUGGCAGUGCUCACCCCAGGCUUCACUGGUGCUGAUAUUUCCAGUGUUUGCAAUGAAGCAGCUCUGAUCGCCGCCCGGCAUCUGAGUCCUUCUGUUCAGGAGAAGCACUUUGAGCAGGCCAUCGAGAGGGUCAUUGGAGGCCUUGAGAAGAAGACCCAGGUCCUGCAGCCCAGGGAGAAGACAACUGUGGCCUACCAUGAGGCCGGACACGCGGUGGUGGGCUGGUUCCUGGAGCAUGUGGACCCCCUGCUGAAGGUGUCCAUCAUCCCCCGGGGCAAGGGGCUGGGCUAUGCGCAGUACCUGCCGAGGGAGCAGCACCUCUAUACCCAGGAGCAGCUCUUCGAUCGCAUGUGCAUGAUGCUUGGGGGCAGGGUGGCUGAGCAGCUAUGCUUUGGGCAGGUCACUACGGGGGCUCAGGAUGACCUGAGGAAGGUCACCCAGAGCACCUAUGCCCAGAUUGUGCAGUUUGGGAUGAGUGAGAAGCUGGGCCAGGUGUCCUUCGGCUUUCCCCAACAAGGCAAGGCCCUGGUGGAGAAGCCAUACAGCGAGGCAACUGCCCAGCUCAUCGAUGAGGAGGUCCGGUGCCUCAUCUGCGCCGCCUACAAGCGCACCCUGGACCUGCUGACACAGUGUCGGGAGCAUGUGGAGAAGGUGGGCCAGCGGCUCCUGGAGAAGGAAGUGCUGGAGAAGGCAGACAUGGUGGAGCUGUUGGGUCCCCGGCCCUUCGCGGAGAAGUCCACCUACGAGGAGUUUGUGGAGGGCAUGGGUGGCCUGGAGGAGGACACAUCCCUACCCGCAGGGCUGAAGGGCUGCAACCGGGGACAGGAGGAGGGAGACGUAGAGCAGCCUGUACAGGGGAGGUCUUUGUAGCCACUGGUGGAGCUCAGGUGACUCAGAUUUCCUGGGACCUUUGCAGAGCAGCUGGAGAAGCUCGCCAAAAACAAAUUAAAACGUGACAGCUGCAAACUGGUGUUUUAGAUGAGGGUGCUCUGAGCCCACAUGCAGGGCAUGGGGUGGGCGGAAGGGCUGCCCUGAGUCCCUGGGCCCUGCUGCUAGAGGACAGUUGGGUCCGGGUUAGAGGGAGGGGAGCAGGGCUCUCCCGUGGUGCUGAGGAAGGUGUGGUGCCUGUCUGGGAACCCUGUGCGUAGCUUCAGGAGGGGCUUGAUGGGGCAUCUGGAGACACUGGACCUUCCUGGGGCCUGCCUCUGUGGAGGAGUGUUGAUGUGGUCGUAAAGUCACUCAGAGGAGUCUGGGCCCAGCACGGAAACCGUCUCAGUUUGGUAGAAUUCAGAAGAACACCAGCCAGUUGUCAGUGGAAAGUCAGGUUUCUUAAGCAGCUAUUUGGAUGGGUAGAAACUCAUCUGCUGAUCUGUCCUUCAGAGGGAAAGCCCACUCCACCCACAGGUGCGUGGCUGAGGGAGGAUGGCGGAACUGUGGGGCUCCAUACCUGAGGUUCCAUGCCCGGGCAACCCCCACCUCUGCCUGCACCUAGGCCCCAUGGCAGCCCUGCUCUGAGUGUGAGGGACGUGAGUUGCCUAGCAAAACCUGGAACGCCUGGGGUUCCACUCUGGGGCACCCCUGGCCUCUACCUGUUGCUGGGCCCGAGGCAGCCCUGCUCUGAGUGCGAGGGACCUGAUUUGCUCAGCAAACCUGGCACCUAUCCUUGGGGUGGAGGUGCUUUAACCACAGAUGUGUCUGAACUUAAGACUGCAUCAUCAGCUUCUGCUCCUGUGACCUCUUUGUUGAAGUCUUGGAGGGGAAGCUCUGCAGGGCCCUGGCUGGCUCAGGGGUGUUUGUGGAGAGGCUGUGGUCCUGAGCCCUCAGCAUGUGGCCGCCUCUGGCCCUGGUGCCUGUUUAUGAACCCUUUUCGCGGGGCUGGGUGGCUCCUAAUAAAAGGAAGGCCCCGUUUGGGCUUUGAGCUCCAGGCCCUUUGGUGCCUCAGGAGGCACCAAACUUUAACUGAGGGAGGCUUUGCUUUUUCUUAACUGGGGUGUGUGGGACUCGGUGAGGAUGUCCGUGUGCUUUCUCCAGGACACGACCUGCCUCCAGGACUCACUGGGGUCAGCAGCAGCAGGGCUGUGUAGUGUCAGCCCCGACCACUGCCUUUUGAGGGGUGGAUGCACGUCUGGGUGACGUGGGAUGGGAACAGGGGAGAUACCCUUUUGCAGAUGUCCUGGGUGAGCGGCAGGAGGAGGUGGCCCUGCUGGCUGCGCUGGGCAUAGUUUGUUCUCAGCCUCUCUCUCGGCCUAGGCCCGACCGCAUUGGGACUUCAUAGUACGUUAUGCAAAUUGCUUGCGACUUUUGUCCCGGAGCUGUAGAAAUAUAAUUUCCAACUGGGGUGA